AUGGCACAAUCUCAGAUCAGCCCCCCUGUGCGGGAUACGCCGCCAACGGCAGACAGCAACGGCCAGCUGCAACAGAGUUUAUGGCGCAGGAUGUUUGGGCGGGAUAAAGACAACAAUGCUCUAGGCUCGGAUGCUGUAUCGAAAAGGUCGGGCUCUGAGCAGCAGGAUGACACCAAGGCCGGCCUCAUUCGGCGGGUAUCGCGAAAAGUGGUUCCCGGUCUGCCUAGGGCCCAGACAUUCAAGAGGCAGCAGUCCGAGUUGCGGAACAAGCUGGAACCCGUGCAGCCCACACCGGCCGAACGAAGAGCCGUAUCCGUGGACAGACGUAUGCAUGCCUCUCACAGCGCAUCGUUCUCGAAUCCUCGGACUAGCGCGCCCGAUUUCUUACGCCGCUCAUUUAGUUCUGCACCGUCUAUCCCGUCAUUGCCCCGGAGCUCGGUCGAGGAGAUUACGCUCGACGCCAUUGGACAGCUAGAUGGGUUUGAACCAGAGCCUGAUUUUGAGCCUCAGCCAGAGCCAGAGCAUUCUAACAACGUCGACCAUAUUCCGGACGUCGUCGAUGCCCUCUCCAUCACUACGUCACAAUACGAUACCAUGAUCCACGAGGAACUAGAGCGGAUAUGGAUCCUCAAUCUCUCAAUGCACUUCCGCGACAAGUCCAAGCGAGAGAAGUUUUUCGUUACUUACCGGGAACACAGCACUCUUUGGCGGCGCGUGACGGUUUCCCUUGACUAUCGCGAAGCCCCUGAAAACUCGCUGGAGAUGGAGCUGGUCCAAACCAAGUUCCAGCGCGACAAGAGCGCCAAAAUUUAUGAGGCCAUCAGGGAGAGCCUGGCGGACAUCCAAUUCUACGACACUGUGACCAACCUAAAGUUGCAGACAACGGACGGAAGGUUGCACGUCCACGUGGUGGAGGAUGUCAAUGAGAUCGUCAACUACCCUACGGUGCGCAUGAUCCAGCACAUGAGGUGUAGGCGGGUCAAAGAAAGGGAGAUUGAGUUCGACUCGCACAUGUCGGGCUUCGUAUACAAGGUUCGCGUCAAUGGUGAGGUGCUCGUCAAGAAAGAAAUACCCGGCCCCGACACGAUUGACGAGUUCCUCUACGAAAUAAACGCCCUCAACCGGCUUCGCACUGCUCAAAAUGUCAUCCAGUUUUACGGUGUUAUCGUCGACGACAAGGAAGAAUACGUGAAGGGGCUGCUGAUCAGCUACGCAGACCAGGGUGCCUUGCUCGAUGUCAUCUUCGAGAACGACCACUCGCUGCCCUGGCCGACACGCGAGAAAUGGGCACGGCAGAUUGUGGCUGGCCUGUCCGAGAUUCAUGAGGCUGGUUUCGUCCAAGGAGAUUUUACGCUGUCCAAUAUCGUAAUAGACGACGAUGGUGACGCCAAGAUCAUAGACAUCAACCGACGCGGCUGCCCUGUUGGCUGGGAACCUCCAGAGGCGUCCCCUCUGAUCGAAAGCAACCAGCGGAUUUCGAUGUACAUUGGUGUCAAGUCCGAUCUCUUUCAACUCGGCAUGGUUUUAUGGGCACUAGCCACCCAGGAAGAUGAGCCCGAGGCCCAUGGACGCCCCUUGCUAAUCGCACCUGAUAUAAACGUGCCAAGCUGGUACAAGCGCAUCGUUCAGAUCUGUUUAAGCGAGGACCCGCGGUACCGUGUUCAAGCUCUGCGCCUCCUUUCGCUAUUUCCAGACUUCGACGAGGAGAGCCAGUACGAUGGGCAUCAGACCGCACCCUCUAUUUCCAUCGACGACAACUACUCACGCCAUGAGAAUCUAACCGAAAGCUUCGUUGGGAGCGCAGUCCCCCGUAUCAGAACCGUUCAGCCACCGGACUGGUCGUAUCUUGGCUGGAGCAACCCCCAUUUAGGUACAGUGGCGGCCGAGGACCCAUACUAUUACCCCGCGAGAGGAAGAUCGCCACCUUCUCCAAUGCCAAGUAACCAUGGAGACUAUGGCUCAUCGCGGUACGGCCACCACAUUCGCCCUUCCUGGUCUGAAACGCAGAAUAAGGGGAUGGUGGUACCGUCGGUUAGUGACUUGACCAACAGCGAAUUGGAUGUGGACCAUCGGGGAGAAGUUAAAACCAACGGGGUGGCGCCGCAGACAGGAGGAUCGAUUGUUGAGAAACCUGAUGCACCGCUGGCAGACUCGGAAGCCAGGGAUGGAAUCCAAAUUCUGUCGACGGAGGCGAUGCAACCACCACAAUUCGCCCCGGAGCGAAUUGUGCUCUCGGGGGGCAGCCGACAACUGAACGGUGAGCGCGUUCAGGAAGGUGAAAAGCCUACUGUGUUGCUAGAGAGGUUGGCACACGUCGAUACAGCCACGCAAAGGCGCGUGGAGUCGAGUCAAGAGUGCGACCCGGUAGCCGAUAACGAAAGACUUCAUCCGAAUGCAGGUGGGGCGGGGAAACCAGAACCCGAAUCCCCAGCUGACAGCGGCAAGGAUGUCAUGGACUCGACUGAGCGUCGACAAAGAGUGCCGGGUGGGUUUGGAAUCUCCAGUCUGGAAUCGCCGAACGGCUUCAGUCAUCACGAAAAUACGGGCGAGAUUCUUGAUGAAGGGCAAUAUCCUACCAUUUCGCUCUCACAGGGAAGUUUGCGGGAGGUAGCAGCAUCCGAAAAACCCGCAAGCGAAGUACGGUCGGAUGUGACGACAAGGAUAGCCGGGCCCAACUCUGAGCUUCCAGCCCGGCAGUCAUCGUCCUCGAGAAGUUCAGCGAGACCAGCAACCCCGCCAGCAACAUUCGAGCUUCCUGACGACCUUAAGGGUAUUGGUUCGGCGUAUGAUUUUGCUUCAGAGGGCGUACACGAUUUGAUCCCCGAAGCCGACUUCGGCAUAGAUCUCGACCCAAGUCCUACCAUUGCCGCCAUAGUCACGCCAGUAGCAGACGACAACAGCAGUGUCGUUCGCUGA